CACGUCUUGUCGUGUGUGAGCGACGGCACGACUGCCCUAUCAUCGCGGCGCGCUAGACGAUAAAGAAGGGUGCUCCAUGUCGCCAAGACUGUUACUGGUAAUGCGCGGUUGUGACGUGCACGACUGAAGAAGAUUCUUAAAGGCCCAGCGCCGCACUGACCUGCCCAUCUCAUUCCCACAGACUCACACUCGCGAAAUGGCAGACAAGGUUGAGCAGCACACUCAGUUUGAAGAUGGCAAGGGGAGCGUCGAGGAGACGUCGAGCGGGCGCUCCAACAGCCUUACGCCCGACACACGGCCACGGCUGGAGCGCUUCUACCGCUCGACACUGUUUCAGAUCAUCAUCGUCGGAUUGUGCUCGUUCUCGGCACCAGGUCUUUGGGUGGCCCUCAAUGGCAUGGGUGUGGCGGGAAGUGCCCGUCCAGAAUUGAUCAACGGUGCCAAUGCAAUCCUCUACGGUUUCAUGACCGUCACCUGCUUCCUCGGACCAUGGAUCACCAACGCCAUCGGGUUCAAGUUCACCCUCGCCCUCGGUUCGGUCGGAUACCCCUUGUACGCAGCGGGACUGUACGUGAACAACAGAUAUGACGUCGAGUGGUUCGUCUACUUUGGUGCUGUGGCGUGCGGUAUUUCCGCCGGUUUCUUCUGGAGUGUUGAGGGUGCCGUCGCUUGUGGCUACCCCGAGCAGCACAAGCGCGGACGCUACAUCGCGACCUGGUUCACGUUCCGCAACGCCGGCAACAUGGUCGGCGGCGCGAUCAACCUCGCACUCAACUACAAGGCGAACCGCAUCGGCUCGGUGGGCUACGAGACGUACCUGGCCUUCAUCGCGCUGCAGUGCCUCGGCUUGUUCUUCGGCCUCCUCCUCUCCAACCCCGAGAAGGUGGUGCGCGACGACGGCUCGCGCAUCGAGGCGCCGCGCGGCAUCGACUGGAAGACGGAGGCGCGCGAGAUGUGGCGCCUCGCCACCUCCCGCCCCAUCCUCCUCCUCACCCCCUUCUUCUGGUACUACGGCUGGAUCCAGGCGUACCCCGGCACAUUCCUCGCGACGUACUUCACCGUGCGGUCGCGCGCUCUCGCCUCGCUCCUCUCCGCCAUCGUCGGCUCCUUCUCCACCUGGCUCGCCGGCUCUCUCGUCGACCUGCCAUGGACGCGCAACCGCCGCACCCGCGCCCUCGUGACCUUCGGCGUCCUCGUCGCCCUCAACUCGUCCACAUGGAUCUGGAGUGUCAUCAUUCAGAACGAGUACCGCUUCACCAAUCCCCGCCUCGACUGGUCCCACUCGGGCUUCGGCCGCGGCUUUGGGGUGUACAUGUUCGAGCGCAUUGCCACCACCUUUGUCGAGAACUACAUUUACUGGUGCAUUUCCAACCUCUCUGACUCGCCUGGCGACCAGAUCCGUUACUCGUCGCUCCUGCGCGGUAUCGAGACUGCCGCUGUCGCGCUGAGCUUUGGCGUCCAGGCUAUCCCUACGCCCCUCAUCAUCACCGCCGCUCUCAACUUUGGGCAGUGGUUCCUCGUCCUUCCCAUCACGCUGUACGCGACCCUCCACGUCAUCAAGGUGUUCACCCGCAAUGCGAAGCAGGCCGAGGCCGAGGCUUAAGGACUUCAGGGGUUGGUUGACAUAGAUGAGAUAGAGACAGAUGUAUUUGUGGCACAUGGUCA